AUGGAUCUCAACAGUUUUACAAGAGUUGGUGAGCAAAAUCCAUGGAGUGAUGCCGACUCUUCUCUAUCUCCAUUGCUGAAUGUAUUGAAUUUAGCAGAAAAAUUAGGCUAUGUUCUAAAGAAUAAAGAAGAUAAAUUGAAGAGUUCAACAGCAUCAUUAGCAGUGAUAGCAGUGCUUAAGGAAAUUACAAAAAUUCAGAAGGAAUUGCAUCAGGUUGAUUUAGAGAUCCAAAAGAGAAUGCAGGACAGAGAGACUAGUGAUAUUACUCAUCUGGACACAAGAGAGAAAAGAAUAAAGAAUAUACAAAGUUUGAAUGGCCACAUGCAAUCCAUAAUCGACAGCAAGAGUCAGUUAAAAACUCGACUACAACAACCAUUUGUUGGUGAUUUUGUAAAAAUUGAAGCACAAUAUCACAGGUAUGCAGCAGAACUUUUCCCCCAGGUAGCCCCAGUCCUAGCAGAUCUCAACACGCACUUAGAAAAUAUCACAUGGGUUAAAUCCUUGUCCUUCAGUGAUGGACAAAUGGAAAGUUUGUUGAGUGAAAUUAACAACACAUUGGCAGGACUACAGACAACUUUCCAGUUGUUGUGCCAAAUGAGGAACAAUAUGGCUCAAUUUCAUGGACUUGAAAUAAAAUCCUGACAACAGAUUGUUUUAAUAAUACUGUGUAUUACUUACAUGUAGAUAUUAAAUAUAUUUUCUUAGAA